CCUAAACUCAAAAUCCUCGUAAAUUCCAGGUUAUUUUACAGGCCGAUCUCAAACGGGCAAUCUAAAGAUAGUACCUGCCUUAAUUUUAGUAUACUGCAAUGCGGGAGGGAGAUUGCUGAAGUUGUGGAUGGUUUUGCGGAUGAAGAAAUGGAGGCCUUACAGAAUGACAAGGUUAGAAACAGAAAGAACAUAUCGAGGAAAGACGGAGAAGGAAGAGGGGCAAUGGAGAGUACUUCUUUCAAAGAUUUUCACGAAAGUAUCAUAUUUGGCAUUCUCGUUAAAGUUCCACCUAGUUAUGUUUACAAGAACGGAAGGCUUGUUUGCCGAGCAUGGAGAGAUCUUAUCUCCAGAGAUGAUUUCAUUGUCCAGAAUUUUAUGGAAACCAAAGCGGAAUUACUAGUGGGAGGGCCAACCUCCAGAAGAAAUGGAUUUUUCGAAGUAAAGCUGAUGGAAGUAGGAGGGGCACUGCAGCUUGAUUGUAAGCUACGAGAUUGUGGACUGUGUCGAAUGGGUCGUCCCAGGUCCAGCUGCAAUGGCUUGCUGCUACUGAAUCACCCAAAGAAGGAAGGGUUGCUGCAAGUGAUGAAUUUAAUAACCACGGUUGGUUUAACACUUCCAAAGUGCCCUUCGGGCUGUCGGCACAAAGCUUGUGGAUCAGCACUUGGUUUUGACCCCAAUAAGAAGGAAUACAAAGUGAUUCACAUGUACGCUGAUUCUUUCGGCUUUGAAAUCUUUAACUUGGCCGGUCCUCCAGAUGCGGCAUGGAGAAUAAUUCCCGGGCCUUGGGAAGGAUUGCAGGAGAGGCCUUAUGACUUUGAACGGUUUUCCUGGAGUGACCCCAUAUCCGUGAAUGGAAGAGUUUUGCAUUGGCAUGUUGCUUCAAACGAGUACAUCAUCUCAAUGGAUGUGAGCGAAGAGAUUUCAACCAAAACAUAUCUUCCCAAUAUCAGCGAGGAGAUAGAGAGUUAUAAGUAUACUUUGGCGGAAUUGGGCGGGUAUCUUUCUUUUGUGUAUGCCUUGUCCGACAUCCAAGUUGAUAUCUGGAUUCUGGAUGACUGCUUUAGAGGACAGAUUUGGUCAAAGAAACAUAGCAUUCAAUUGGACUUGAUAAAGUACGUGACGCCAGAGAACUCUUUGCUACCCGCUAACCAUGCCAAUGCUUUGCCAAAUCUUAGCAAACUCGUUGCUGUUGCUGGUCGAGGUUGUGACAUAUUGAUCCUGAAGCAUGAAAACUCUUGCUUGUACAUAUAUGACAUGAAACACAGAGUGAUGAAGAAAUUUAAGAUGAAUAUGAAGAAUCCCAUGUGCUUCAUACCUCACAGAAGCAGCCUUCUGCACUGGCGGACUUCCUGAGACUCGGGUUCUAGUUUCUUGGCUGAUUGUAGUCAUUUCAUUGUUGUGUUCCUCUAUUUUUUAGCAGCAGCGUUUGUUUAUUUUGGAGCAAUUCCAUUCUUUUCUUCCUAAAAUACGAUGAAC